UCUAAAGCAAAAAAAAGGGGGGGGAGUGGUCUAAGAAUGUCUUAUACGGCCGCCCCACGACUCAGCUUAGCCCCUGUUGCGAAUCUUCGUUCCAUCUCAGCCCACUUCGUCUCAUUCACAGGAGAGACACCGAAUGUUGUUGCCACGUGGGGUAACAAUGCGAACGAUGGUGUUUUCUUCUUCUUUUUUGUCUUACAUUGUUGCACCUGCGUGGCUGUGGGUUAUCGCAUGUGCGACACGGUCACUCUACCUCUUUCUUCAACCACCACUUCUUGUAGCAUUUUCAUCGCUAGCGCGGGUAGUUGGAAGCCGGCAGUUGGCAGCAAUCGACUUGCCGAUUCCCGAAUUAGGCAAUCUGGGUCAAUCUCAGGAACACCCCCCCAAAAAACCAACAAGAAAAAAAAAAACUUCCUCGUCCUUUAUGGUGCUACAAAAUACCGGAGCACGGAGUACAAACAAUCAUGUUGCCUUCCGCUCCGCUUCGCUGGAUGCCGUAAUACGGAGCACCGGCGCAAGUGGCCCCCCCGUUUCGUGUCAUCUUGAGCUACUAUAAAAGGAACGUUUAUCGUCUUACGAAGGACAGGGAAAUGUACCCGCCCCAGCUAGACUAUCGCCCUGAUUCAUAGCCGCGGACAGGUUGUGUGAUUUCUGAUUCAAGCUUUUCGAAAAAUCACUAUUCUUGUUUUAGCAAGGAUUUUUAAUAUGGUAUAAAACUCGGUCAGUCAGCUUAACCGAGAAUAAGUUUAAAUAAGCCCGUUAUAAGGAGAGAACUACGCUAGCCAGGGCUAUAUAGGUAGAUACUCGAGAAAACAGCUAGUAUAGAAAAAGCUAUAGAAUUUAUACUAGUAAUAUAUACAGCUAUAUUUUGAUAUAGUAUUUAUAGCAGUACCUAUGAUUACUAUAAAGCACAAUCAAACAUCCAAUUGCAAUCA